GUUUUGAUCUGUGUUGUAAUUUAUAAACAAAUAUUUAAAAAAUAUGUCCUUAUCUAAAUAUCUUACUACAUAUGUAUAUAUUUUGUGACCUACAAAAGUUAAUCAAAACAAGCCGUGUUAUUUCUGUGCACAGCAUUGAUAUUCAUUCCUAAGAGAAAAUUGAAGCCGUCAAUAUGUGUAGUACCGUAGUACUCCAGAAACGCUCCACCGCACACGUCAAGGAGGAGUGUUUGGAGUCGCAGGCCGACGUUGCGUACAGUAAACGGCGACGAGAAGACGAUUUAGAUAUUGGUACCGACACUAAACAACAGAUAGUUCCAGAGUACGCCGUACAGAAACAGUCGCCGGAACAAGAUGUCAGUCGGUAUGAAGCUCAUACAGCUGCAGUUGUGAAGACGGAGCCUGUUGAUGUGACUGAGGCGUCCACAGAAACGUGUCCAGUGCUUUCUGGCAGGAUGAAUGAUAACCUUCUACAACUUUAUGAGGAGCACGAGAUAAAGACUGAUUUGGUUAUAGGACCCACUGCCGUACAAGACACAGCAUCUGUAACUAGCACACAUUCAAUGAACUAUUGUGCGUGUGUGUUACAUAAUGGAGAUAAUGUGAAUAAAUCUGUACAUGGGGAAACAAGAGUAGUGUUGGAUAAAGUGUAUGAAUGUGAUGUAUGCAAAGAGACAUUGUUAACAUGUUAUGUUAGACUAGAACGACAUGUGGCAGCUCACACUCAGCCGGCACCACACUUGUCUAAAGAUUAUAGGGAGAUCAACACUCUUGGAUCACAGUUAAAUACUUCUGCAGUUUCUCAAUCUUGUAAACAGGAACAUAGUUGUGACCUGUGUAAAAAAAAAUUUGUAACAAGGAGAUACUUGACACAGCACUUGCACACACAUACUGAUGAAAAACCAUAUACCUGUGAUGUGUGUAAAAAAAGUUUUAGAAUGAGGCAGAUCUUCAGAAGACACUUGCUUUCACAUACUGAUGAAAAGACACACAGUUGUGAUGUGUGUAAAAAAUAUUUUACAUCAAAGCGGUCCUUGAAACAUCACUUGCUUAUACAUGCUAGCGAAAACCUAUAUACCUGUGAUGUGUGUAAAAAAAGUUUUAAGACAAAUCAUUAUUUGAAACGACAUUUGCAUACACACACUGGUGAAAAGCAAUAUACAUGUGACAUGUGUAAAAGAAGUUUCAGAACAGCUCAACUAUUAAAAUACCAUUUGUUCACACAUACUGGUGAAAAGCCGUAUAGCUGCGAUGUGUGUAAAAAAUAUUUUACAACAAAACAGUCCUGGAAACAUCACCUGCUUAUACAUUCUCGCGAAAACCUAUAUAGCUGUGAUGUGUGUAAAAAAAGUUUUAAGACAAAUCUGUACUUAAAAAGGCAUUUGCUUACGCACACUGAUGAAAAGCAAUAUACAUGUGGCACAUGUAAAAAAAGUUUUAGAACAGUUCGACUAUUAAAAUGCCACAUGUUUAUACACACUGAUGAAAAGCCAUAUCGCUGUGAUGUGUGUAAAAAAAGUUUCAAGACAAAUCUCUAUUUGAAACGGCAUUUGCAUACACACACUGGUGAAAAACAUUACAACUGUGAUUGCUUCUGAUGUGUAUGAAGAGAAUUUUAAAAUGACAUGGAG